UGCGCAAAACCAUGUGCUAUUUUAUUAUGUAACUGUGAUGCCAGAUAACAGAAGAAUACAAGGUCCUGAGGAGAGCUUCAGUCCUUUGCUGUACCUCCGUGAGGAGGACAAGCCUCAAAUCAAGACACUGAUAAAUUCUAAUGGCCAACGGUUGGAUGGUAGAACUCUCAAUGAACUAAGGCCAACAUGCAUGCAAACUGGAAUCAAUCCACAUGCCACGGGAUCAGCUUACCUUGAAACUGGCAGUACUAAAAUCCUCUGCACAAUAUAUGGACCUAAAGAGUCGGUAAGGAGAGAAGAAUUUGCUACCAGUGGACGUGUUGUGUGUGAGUUCAAGUAUGCUCCUUUUUCUUGUGCAAGAAGACGGCAGUACCAUCAGGACGUAGAAGAGAAAGAUUUCUCAUCUUUUGUCACAAAUGCUCUCACUAGAUCAGUCAAGCUCGACGCUUUCCCUAAACUUCAACUAGAAGUGAAUAUCCUGAUCUUGGAAAAUGGAGGCAGUGCUCUUGCUGGAUCUAUCAACUGUGCUAGUUUGGCAUUGGCGGACAGUGGUCUGGAGAUGUAUAAUAUGCCAGUUGCCUCUACAGUGGCAGUUCACAAGUCGGGCUGCUUAAUAGACCCUUCCAUAUGUGAAGAGUAUACCAAUGAUGAGGUGAUUAGACAUCCCGACAUCAGUGGGUCAAUGACGGUGGCUUAUCUCACAGCAAUACAAGAGAUCAGUGGGUUUAAACAAGAUGGGGUUAUGGAAGUUGGACGUAUUCGCAAGGGGGUGGACAUGUGCUUGGGUGGGUGCUUAAGAAUCCUCAAGAGUAUGAGAGAAUACCUAGAGACUGUCACAGCUCAGUAAUUUGAUUUGUAAUAGUUUACUUAAUACCCUGGUGAAAUUAAUCAUUGGUGAUUGAUA